AUGAUUGGUCUCUUCAGCAUUUUUAGUAUUGUUUCGUUCAAGAAUGAUCCCUGCACCACCACAGGCGCAUCAAGCCUCGGUGGAACAUGCUUGACUUCUACUGCUUGUAGUUCUAAAGGUGGCUUUGCCUCGGGAAACUGUGCCUCAGGUUUUGGAGUAUGUUGCCUUUUCAGGGUGAGCGGUUCGUGCGGCACAACGCAGACCGUAAAUCAGAAUUGCACUUACAUUCAGAACGAUGGUUUUCCUUCAGCAGACACCACUGUGGACGAAACCUGUACAUACGAAUUUAACCGCAUUUGCGAAAGUCAGGCUAUCUUAAUUAAAUUCGCAUUAACUCUCAAUACUCAUUGGUCUUUUCUUUAUUUCAGACCUAUGUCAGAUCAGGUAAGUUGGGAAAAAAAUACGACAAAGCAUUCCAUGCGCAACAUGUGUAAUCACAUUUGGGAAAUUGAUAGAUAA